GCGCGCACACCCUCUCGCGCCUCCGCGAAGUCGGCGACUCGCGCGGCGCGGUCGGCGACGUGCGAGGGCGUGGCCUGCUGCUCGGCGUCGAGCUAGUCAGGGACCGCGGCACGCGCGAGCCCGACCCCGAGCUCGCCGCCUUCGCGAUGGGCAGGAUGCGCGCCGAGCGCGUCCUCGUCUCGACCGACGGGCCGCACCGCAACGUCCUCAAGAUCAAGCCGCCGAUGUGCUUCUCCGACGAGGAUGCAGACGCGCUCGCGUCGGCGCUCGACUCGGCCCUCGCGGCGGGCGAGCGCGAGUUGCCGGCCGGGCGCACCGGCGUGCUCCCGCCG